UCUAGUGAUGUGAUACUCUUUCGUCGUAAAUUCGUCGUACCUCUACUGAAUUUGGAAAUUCGAGUUUCAGAUAUUUCGCGCCUUACAGGUGGAAUAAUCUCGCAAUCGCUGAAUUUAUUUUUGCACCUGAACUAAUGGGAGUGAAAAAUGGAGAGUAGAUUGUUGAGAUGUGUAACGAGGAAACACGAACUUCAAAAAUAUUGGGCAAAAUGAACAGGCUUAUGCUUAAACUUGAACCUUAAACAAAAGAGAAGACAAUUUGAAGAUUGCAUAUUGGGUAUCCCGAGAGAAACUUCAAGAAUUACAUUUUCACUUCCAUGUUUUAUUUCAUAAACGCAUGUAAUAUAACUGACUUAUUGAUUUAAAGACAGCCGCUCUUGUACUUUACAACUGCUAUGAGCUGGAAGAUUCACGUCGGCACACUAUAUCGGUUUAGCAGCUUUGAGAUAAAACAAACACGUGGAGAGCCAUAUACCACUUAAUUUGCGCACAGUAGGCCAAUAACUAUGUUACCAUGCGUUUCCACCCGGACAGUAUACGUAGAUGGGAAGGAAGUGGGAACAACGUGUUUUAAUUCCUCAUGUUCUUGUGAAAAUAAAAGUUUCUUAAAAUGGAGAAUGUAACCGAAGGAAAGUGGGAAAGUUUACCCGUUAAACUUAAUGACGAUAUUUUGAAGACACUCGACGAAUUGGGAUUUACGCACAUGACGCCCGUUCAGUCUGCCUGCAUUCCACUGUUCAUGAGCAAUAAAGACGUUGCUGCCGAAGCGGUGACUGGCAGCGGGAAGACGCUGGCAUUUGUAAUCCCUAUACUAGAGAUUCUGUUGAAACGGGAGGACAAGCUGAAGAAAAUGCAGGUCGGAGCGCUGAUCGUCACUCCGACGCGUGAACUGGCCCUACAAAUCAGCGAGGUGAUGGGUCGCUUUAUCCAGAGCUUCCCUCAGUUCAGACAAAUACUUCUGAUUGGAGGCAGCAACCCUAUAGCAGAUGUGGAGAAGUUCAAGACCCUUGGGGCCAACAUAGUGAUCGCCACUCCGGGUCGGCUGGAGGACAUGUUCCGGAGGAAGGCGGACGGGCUGGACCUGGCCAGCUCUGUGAAGACCCUGGAUGUCCUGGUUCUAGAUGAGGCCGACCGGCUGCUGGACAUGGGCUUUGAAGCAAGUCUGAACGCCAUCCUGGGCUUCCUGCCCAAGCAGAGGCGCACGGGGCUGUUCUCCGCCACGCAGACGCAGGAGCUGGAGAAGCUGGUGAGGGCGGGGCUACGCAACCCCGUCCGCAUCACCGUCAAGGAGAAGGGGGCGGCGGCCAGCAGCGUGCAGAAGACCCCCGCUAGGCUCAGCAACUACUACACGAUUUGCCGUACGGAGGAGAAGUUCAACACCUUGGUGGCCUUUCUCCGGCAGCACAAGCACGAGAAGCAGCUGGUCUUUUUCAGCACGUGCGCCUGUGUGGAGUACUACGGCAUGGCUCUGAAGGCCCUGGUGAAGAACGUCACAAUCCUCUGCAUCCACGGCAAGAUGAAAGACAAGCGCAACAAAAUCUUCUCCGAGUUUCGGGAGCUGAAGAGCGGGGUUUUGGUGUGCACUGACGUCAUGGCGCGUGGCAUCGACAUCCCGGAGGUGAACUGGGUCCUGCAGUACGAUCCACCGAGCAGUGCCAGCGCUUUCGUGCAUCGGUGCGGACGCACGGCGCGCAUCGGUAACCAGGGAAGUGCCCUCGUCUUCCUGCUCCCCAUGGAGGAGUCCUACGUCAACUUCCUGUCCAUCAAUCAGAAGUGUCCCCUGCAGCGCAUGUCCCCGGUGAAAGACGUGGUGGACGUCCUGUCCAAGGUGAAGGCCCUGUCGCUGCGGGACCGCGCCGUUUUCGAGAAGGGCAUGAGGGCCUUCGUCUCCUACGUCCAGGGUUACGCCAAGCACGAGUGCAGCCUCAUCUUCCGGGUCAAAGAUUUGGAUUUCGCAGCUCUGGCCCGCGGCUUCGCCCUUCUCCGGAUGCCCAAAAUGCCCGAGUUGCGGGGCAAGACCUUCCCCGACUUCGCACAGGAGGCAGUGGACACGGACUCCAUCCGAUUCAAGGACAAGAACAGGGAGAAGCAGCGGCAGAAGGCCCUGCUGGCGCUGAGAGAGAGGGAGGCCUCGGCGCCGGGGAAGAGGAGCUUCGCUAAGAACAAGGCCUGGUCCAAACAGUCCACCAAGAGGGACCGCAGGAAAAAGAUGGCCGCCAAGAGAAAGCUAGACGAGGGGUCGGACGUGGACGAGGAGGACAUGCGAGAGCUCCUGAGCGACACUCGGCUGCUGAAGAAGCUGAAGAAGGGCAAGAUCAGCGAGGAGGACUUUGAGACGCAGGUGACGGCGGGACGGAGGUCCCGGGACAGAGCGACGGGGCCGUCCCGAGGGGACGACUCUGGAACGGAGGACGAGAUGUGAUGCUGCCGCCCCCCCCGUAGCCAGCCACCCAAACAGCGGAACCCUGUUUCCACCCUAUAGAGACCUCUUUAAAUGGCCCCCUGUCUGUGUGAGUCCCCGAAGGCAUGUUCUCCACAGCAUGUCCCCCAGGACAUGUUCUCUAAGGGGGGGAUCUCCAGGAUGUGUUCUCUAAGGGGGGGGGGAUCUCCAGGACAUGUUCUCUAAGGGGGGGAUCUCCAGGAUGUGUUCUCUAAGGGGGGGGGAUCUCCAGGAUGUGUUCUCUAAAGGAGAGUUCUCCAGUUUGUGUACCUCAUUGCAGGUGUGAAGACUGUCUUAGGGACAGAACUACGAGUUCAAUCGCCUGUUGAGGGAGAAAGCACUAAAUUGGCUCAGUGAUUGACGGCUCAUGAAA